CGUCAAACUAGUAUAAAUAUUCACACGAGCGUGUGAUAAUAUCAUAAAGUGUUGAGACGUCAAUAUGAUGAGAUUCACGCAUAUCGCGGUGUUUUCCUGUUUCGUAUUUUUUUGUGUCGGCAUUAAUUCCGACUGUGGAGAUAAAGAAGUGUUUCAAUGUGUGCAACCGUGCCCCCCUGAAAGGUCCUGUCACACCCGUGACGUAGGAAUAGCCUGUACGCAAGAAAUUAGACCGUGUGUAUUCAGAUGUGUUUGCAAGCCUGGAUUAAUUAGGAAUGAUAAAAAUGAAUGUGUUACUGAGGAUCAGUGUGAAAAUUGUACAAGGGAGAACGAGGAAUAUGACUGCGGCAAAUUAUGUGACAAUGUUUGUGCGACGUUGUCUGAGCGGAACAGAACUCAUUGUGAUCUGUGGAACCACAGAUGUGUUCGGAAGUGUUUCUGCAAAGAUGGCUUCGCAAGAGACGAUAAGUGGAAUUGUGUACCUAUUGACGAAUGCCCUGAACCGCCAAAAGAUGAAAACUACUGAAAGUGCUACAAGCUUCUACUUCUAACCAGAGAUUAUUCAAAAUGACAAGUACAUACUUGUAAAAAAUAAACAAAAUAUAAGCUGAAAA